CAGAGUCUGCCUGGCCUCCACUGCUCUCACAGUCCUGAUGGCUCCCGACCCCAGCGGAUGCCUGCGCCUGCUGCUGCUGCUGCUGCUGCUGCUUGCCUGCUGCCUGGCACCUGCCCAGGCCACCCUGCUGACCGACUGGCUCUGGUCUCCAAAGAUCCGUGACUCCACAGCCACGCCAGUCUCCCAGUCCCAAGGCCGCCUAUCCCCGCAGCCCACAGAAGCCCGCUCUACGCCUGUGGCCACCCAGCAUGACCCCACGGAGCCAAGGACCACCCCUGCCAGCCCCCGGUCAGCCUCAGAGGAAUAUGCAGCCAUUCAGAGUGAGACCCCUGCUGCCCACAUCACCCCCAGGCCCCUGACUGACUCCUCUGCAAGCAGUGACACAAAGGAGGAGAACAUCGCAGGCGUUGGUGCCAAGAUCCUGAAUGUGGCCCAAGGUAUUCAGAGCUUCCUCCAGCUAUGGGACGACACUGCUCCAACUGGGACCUCUGCUUCUGUAGGGAAGCCAGCCACCUCUACUCCCACAAUCCUGCACAACCUUACUGGACACUCUGGUGACCUCCAGGACAGCGGGGCCACUCUUGGGCCCAAUCAUGGAGCCUCAAGUGUUCUGGGAACCCAGACAGCCAAAGCCAGUGCACUGGCCAUGCCCAGCCAGCCACCUCCAUCCCUGGGUAGGUCCCAGUCACCACUGAGGGGAUCCCCUGUGCCACCUGUGUCCCCAGGGAGCACCAGCCAGGAGGUGGGGCUGCUGCAACUCCUCGGGGACCCCUUGCCCCAGCAGAUCAUGGUCAUCAGUGAUCCCGAGGUCGGACCAGCCUAUGUCUUUGGACCAGAUGCCAACAGUGGCCAGGUGGCCCGGUACCAUGUGCCUAGCCCCUUCUUCCAUGACUUCUCGCUGCUGUUCCAUGUGCGGCCAGACACAGAGGGUGCAGGCAUGCUGCUCGCCAUUACCGAUGCAGCACAAUCAGCUGUGGUGCUCGGCGUGAAGCUCUCGGAGGUGCAGGACCAGCAUCAGAACAUCUCACUGCUCUACACAGAGCCGGGUGCCAGCCAGACCCACAUGGCUGCCAGCUUUCACUUGCCUGCUUUUGUGGGCCAAUGGACCCGCUUUGCGCUCAGUGUGGACAGCGGCUCCGUGGUGCUCUAUGUGGACUGUGAGGAGUUCCAGAGGCUGCCAUUCACACGGUCCCCACAGGGCCUGGAGCUGGAGCCUGGGGCAGGCCUCUUUGUGGGCCAGGCUGGAGACGCAGACCCCGACAAGUUCCAGGGAGCGAUUGCUGAGCUGUGGGUGCGUGGGGACCCCCGGGUGAGCCCUGUGCACUGCCUGGACGACGAGGACGAGGAUGAUGAUGGGGCAUCUGGUGACUUGGGCAGUGGCCUGUUGGAACACCAAGACCUUCACAGGAAGGAUGUGGUAGCAACCCAGACACCCAGUCUUCCUCUGCCUCCUCCUGUGACUCCUCCUCCCCUGGCCAAGGAUGGCAGCGUGGGAGACACCCAGACAGAAGAGAUCGAGGCGCAGACCACAGCAAUCUCAUCAGGGCGCGAAGCUCUUCCGGGUAAGACCCUUGUGGGUGACAUGCGGGAUGAGAGUACCCCAAGGCCGGGACACAGCCUGGAGAAGGGAGGCCUGAAAGGGCAGAAGGGAGAGCCAGGAGCCCAGGGGCCACCCGGCCCAGUUGGUCCCCAGGGUCCUGCAGGCCCUGUGAUGCAGGGCUCCAACACACAACUUGUCCCUGGGGCUCAGGGCCCCCCAGGAAGCCCUGGCCCCCCAGGAAAGGAUGGUGCCCCAGGGAGAGACGGCGAGCCGGGUGACCCUGGCGAGGAUGGAAGACCUGGGGACGCCGGGCCACAAGGCUUCCCAGGAAUCCCAGGGGAUGUGGGCCCCAAGGGAGAGAAGGGAGAUCCAGGGAUCGGGCCAAGAGGACCUCCAGGGCCCCAAGGGCCUCCAGGGCCCCCAGGACCAUCUUUCAGGCAUGAUAAGCUGACCUUUAUCGACAUGGAGGGGUCUGGCUUUAGCGGCGACCUGGAGACCCUCAGGGGCCCUCGAGGCUUCCCUGGGCCCCCUGGGCCCCCUGGAGUCCCAGGCCUGCCUGGUGAGCCUGGCCACUUUGGAGUAAACAGCUCUCAUGUUCCUGGACCCCCAGGCCUCCCCGGUGUGCCUGGGAAGGAUGGCUCCCCGGGGUUUCCUGGGCCCCAGGGACCCCCUGGCUCCCCAGGAAGAGAGGGUCCUCCAGGAAAAGCGGGCCAGAAAGGCAGCCUUGGUGACAUGGGAGCCCCUGGACCCAAGGGCAGCAAGGGAGACCCAGGCCCUGUGGGUGCUACUGGGGAAAGUGGCUUUAUAGGAGCCCCUGGGCCUGCUGGACCCCCAGGACCCCCAGGGCCACCUGGGCCACCUGGACCAGGAUUCGCCGCAGGAUUUGAUGACAUGGAAGGCUCCGGGGACCCCUUCUGGUCAACAGCCAGAGGCUCUGCAGGGCUACAGGGACCUCCCGGCCCACCAGGACUCAAGGGAGAUCCCGGCCUGCCUGGGCUUCCUGGAGACAAAGGGGAAGUUGGAGCAGAUGGAGCUCGUGGGUUCCCUGGCCUCCCAGGCAGCGAGGGUGCAGUUGGGCCCAUGGGACCUAAAGGAGAGAAAGGGAGCCCAGGAGAGAAAGGUGACCCAGGGAAAGAUGGCGUGGGGCAACCUGGCCUCCCAGGGCCCCCAGGACCUCCAGGCCCUGUGAUCUAUGUGUCGGAGCAGGAGCAAGCACUGGCCAGUGUGCCAGGUCCUGAGGGCAGGCCAGGCUUUGCAGGCUUCCCUGGACCAGCUGGGCCGAAGGGCGACGAGGGCUCCAAAGGUGCACAGGGCUCCCCAGGACCCAAGGGUGAGAAGGGGGAGCCAGGUGGCAUCUUCAGCCCUGAUGGCAGAGCCCUGGGUCCUGGGCUGAAGGGAGCCAAGGGGGAGCCUGGCUUCCGUGGACCCCCGGGGCCAUAUGGUCGGCCUGGGCACAAGGGAGAGAUCGGCUUUCCUGGACGGCCGGGCCGCCCCGGGAUGAAUGGGCUGAAGGGAGAGAAGGGGGAGCCUGGAGACGCCAGCCUCGGAUUUGGCAUGAGGGGUAUGCCUGGACCUCCAGGACCUCCGGGGCCCCCUGGCCCUCCUGGGGCACCCAUCUAUGACAGCAAUGCAUUCGUGGAAUCAGGCCGCCCUGGAACUCCAGGAGCACAAGGGCUUCCGGGGCCUUCUGGACCAAAGGGCGACAAAGGAGACGUGGGCCAGCCUGGACCACCAGGGCAGUUCCCCUUGGAUCUCUUCACCCUGGGAGCUGAACUGAAGGGCGAGAAGGGGGAGCGAGGGGACACUGGACAGAAGGGCGAGAGGGGAGCACCUGGGGUCGGUGGUAGCUUUUUUGGCUCCACUAUGCCUGGCCCCCCUGGCCCACCAGGAUACCCUGGGAUCCCGGGUCCCAAGGGAGAGAGCAUCCGGGGCCCACCUGGCCCACCUGGCCCUCAGGGACCUCCUGGCAUUGGCUAUGAGGGGCGCCAGGGCCCCCCUGGGCCUCCUGGGCCCCCAGGGCCCCCCUCAUUUCCUGGCCCACACAGGCAGACUGUCAGCAUUCCUGGUCCCCCAGGGCCUCCUGGUCCCCCAGGACCUCCAGGGACCAUGGGCACCUCCUCAGGGGUGAGGGCCUGGGCCACCUACGAGGCCAUGCUGGAGAAGGUGCGCGAGGUGCCGGAGGGCUGGCUCAUGUUCGUGGCUGAGGACGAGGAGCUCUACGUCCGCGUCCAAAAUGGGGUCCGCAAGGUCCUGCUGGAGGCCCGGAUGCCACUCCCUCGUGAGACGGACAAUGAGGUGGCCGCUCUGCAGCCUCCACUGGUGCAGCUGCAUGGCGGUGGUCCAUACCCAUGGCGGGAGCACUCCUACUCCACUGCACGGCCCUGGCGGGCAGAUGACAUCCUAGCCAGCCCCCCACGCCUGCCAGAUUCCCAGCCCUACCCCGGACCACCACACCACCAUGGCGCCUAUGUGCAUCACCGGCCCACCAGCCCAACAGGCUCAGCAGCCCACUCCCACCAUGACUUCCAGCCCGUGCUCCACCUGGUGGCGCUCAACAGCCCACUGCCAGGUGGCAUGCGUGGCAUCCGUGGGGCAGACUUCCAGUGCUUCCAGCAGGCUCGAGCAGUGGGGCUGAGCGGCACCUUCCGUGCCUUCCUGUCCUCAAGGCUUCAGGACCUCUACAGCAUUGUGCGGCGUGCAGACCGAGGGGCUGUGCCCAUUGUCAACCUCAAGGAUGAGGUGUUGUCUCCCAGCUGGGAAGCUCUGUUCUCAGGUUCCCGGGGCCAGCUGAAGCCCGGGGCCCGCAUCUUCUCCUUUGACGGCAGAGAUGUCCUGAGGCAUCCAGCCUGGCCCCAGAAGAGCGUGUGGCAUGGCUCUGACCCUAGUGGGCGCCGGCUGACCGAGAGCUACUGUGAGACAUGGCGGACAGAGGCAGCUGGGGCCACAGGCCAGGCCUCCUCGCUGCUAGCUGGCAGGCUGCUGGAGCAGAACGCUGCAAGUUGCCACAACAACUACAUCGUCCUCUGCAUUGAGAACAGUUUCAUGACACCCUCCAAGUAGGGCCCUGUGGCUAGAUGGAGGCAGUCGGAAGACAGGCACAGGCAGGGAGCAGCUGGCCAGCCUAGGGGCUGGCAGGAUAUGUUUCUGUGCAGUUCACAUUUCAUAUAAUCCUUGAGAAAUAAAAGAAGCCAAAGAGUGUAUUUUUUUAAAAGUUUAGAGCAGCUCAAUGCCUGAAUGUCCCCACUCCCACCCUCCCCACUAUGUUGGCCAACUAUGACAUGUUGCUGGCCUCUGUGCCUACGGCCACAUCGGACCACAGCUCAACUUCAGCAAAAGGCUGCCCCAGGAUGUGGCUGAGACUUGCAUGCAUCCUGGCCUGCAGGCUCAUGGGCCUACCAGUGUGGGAAGGGCCUGGCUCCCUGGCAGGUGUGCAGUUUCCUGCCUGGUUCCUCUCUGCCCACAGAGACACCGGCAACAGAGGUGCUGAAGGCUGGGUUCAGUUAGCAUGGAGCUCCUGGCCUCCCUUGCCACCUGCUGGCUGUGCCAGGUACACAUUCAUCCACAGAGACAAUGGCCACAUACUAGGCUAGGGCAGACCCCCACCCCUGGCCUUAACUGCUGCACUGACCCAGUUGCGCCACGGGAGCAGGGUCCAGCUGUCCACUGUCCUCCCAGGCUGUGCCCAGGGACAGGGUGAGGCAUACUGUGGUUUGUCCACGGCUUCCUUCCAGCCUGCCUGGGUAUCAAGGCCUUCUCAGGUCUCUCCUCAGGCUCAUAUCUCAGGUGACCCCAAAACCAGUCCAGAGUAGUGUGACCCUGCUGCCUGAGUAGGAGAAGUCUGUGGGUUAUAAGACAGGCCUAGUAGUGUCUUAUCCCCAACCCUUUGGCCUGCAAGUUCCAAAGUCCAGAGUAUUUGUGCUGCAGUGGUCACGUGCUUGCCCACAGUUGCCAUACCAAUGUGCUUCAGCCUCACUAUGUGGUAUCUAUGGCCUGAGGAUUGGGUGAAAUUCGUGGGGCUGGUUCUGUAACUACGUGGUGUAGAACAUUUCAAAAGGAUGCAAAUAAAAACUUUUUACACAGA